AUGCCAUUCAAUGGUAAACGAAGAUCGGGGUCAAACAAAAUGAUGAUGUCACGUCAUUUCCACGAGUCCAUAAUCCAUAACUUCUCUAACAUGAGAGUUGGAAGGAAUGUAAAUGAGGUACUACCAGAAGACAGGACUAUGUUUGCAACAUUUUCUAGGGGUUAUCCUGCGGCUGAAAUGGAAGUUAGGCACUUCUUCGCAACGUUCUUUGGGAAUUGCAUAGAGUCCUUCAGAAUGCAGGAUGUUAGGCCUUAUGAGCAACCACUUUAUGCUCGAGUCGUGUUCCUUAAAGCCUCAUUUAUUCAGGAAAUUCUCAAUGGUUCGGAGAAGGCCUAG